UCUCUCUCUCUCUCUCUAUCUCUCUCUCUCUCUCAUCCCUAGUCAAAAACUUUCCCCUCUGCCCAUUUAGGACAGCAAACCCUAAUAACAGUCACAGUGUGUUUACUUCCCUCUCUCUCUCUCUCUCUCUCUCUCUCUAAAAUCAUUAUAGCUCCUCUUCCUUUUCCGGAGUAAGCAAAGCACACCCAUCAUCUUCUGAACUUCCUAUGAAUGUAGAAGCAUCGUGUGAUCAUCCCCCUCCUCCUCCUCCCCCUCACUCCCACCCCCACACAUCAUACAUCUCCAUCACAUCUCCUUCUUAAUCCAACUUCCAAGGAAGCUCCCCCAAGGAAAAUACGCAAACACGCAAAAAGCCCCCCACACUACACACACACAUAUAUAUAUAUACAUAGAAAUGGACAUAGAUUCGCCGCACUCGGACAGCGACAACCCCCCGACGGCCGGUGCCGCCGCCGCCGCUGUGGGCGGUGUUGGCGGUGCGUCGUCGUCGUCGUCGUCGUCGGCGGCGGCGUCGCCGUCGCGAUACGAGUCGCAGAAGCGGAGGGACUGGAACACGUUCGUGCAGUACCUGGCGAACCACCGGCCGGCGGCGCUGACGCUGGCGCAGUGCGGGGGGGCGCACGUGCUGGAGUUCCUGCGGUACCUGGACCAGUUCGGGAAGACGAAGGUGCACGUGGGGUCGUGCCCCUUCUUCGGGCACCCGAACCCGCCGGCCCCCUGCCCCUGCCCGCUGCGCCAGGCGUGGGGCAGCCUGGACGCGCUCGUCGGCCGCCUCCGCGCCGCCUACGAGGAGAACGGCGGCGGCCGCCCCGAGAACAACCCCUUCGCCGCCCGCGCCGUCCGCCUCUACCUCCGCGAGGUCCGCCAGCACCAGGAGAAGGCCCGCGGCAUCAGCUACGAGAAGAAGAAGCGCAAGAAGCAGCCCCUCCUGCCUCCUCCCCCCAUGCAACGCACCGCCACCGACCACCAUCCCCCGCCCCCGCCGCCCCCCGCCUCAGCGGCAGCCUCUUCUUCUUCUUCUCCUUGAACAAGAAGACCAAUCAAUAAUCGCUCGCUCGAUCGGUCGCUAGCUCUUGCAUGUUUGAUCAUCACAUUUGGUAUGCCCGGCCCCAUCGAUCAUAUCUAUUACUGUUGCUAUAUUGCUAUUGCUAUUGCUAUUGCUAUUGCUAUAUAUAUAUGCUGUUUUUAUAAAUAGUGUGUGCUUAA